AUGGCGGACGAGACUCACACCAGGAAGCGUACCUUCAGGAAGUACUCCUACAGGGGAGUCGACCUGGAGCAGCUCAUGGACAUGUCCACGGAUGAGCUGGUGGAGCUUUUCGCCGCUCGCCAGCGCCGCAGGUUCCAGCGCGGCCUCAAGCGCAACGCUCUUGCUCUGAUCAAGAAGCUGCGCGCCGUGAAGAAGGACACCCCUGCCGGCGAGAAGCCCGAGGCGGUGCGCACCCACCUGCGCAACAUGAUCAUCCUCCCCGAGAUGAUCGGCUCCAUCGUUGGUGUGUACAACGGCAAGACCUUCAACCAGGUCGAGAUCAAGCCCGACAUGAUCGGCCACUACCUUGCGGAGUUCUCCAUCUCCUACAAGCCCGUCAAGCACGGCAAGCCCGGGAUUGGUGCCACCCACUCGUCCCGCUUCAUUCCCCUCAAGUAG